UAAAAAAACGCCAGCUGCAUAGUUGAUAUUUCGGUGGCUAAACCUAACCUGUUUUUUUAAACUAAUGUGUGAAGUGUAGUGUUGUUCCGUAAUCAGCGGUUAUCGCUCCUAAACAAGUAACACGGCACAGCAUUUUGCUGUUUUUUAUUUAUUUUUGUUUUAUUUAUUUAUUGAUAAUAAAUUUAUUGAUAAUAAAUAAAUAGCCUAAAAUAAAGGGAUUUUUGUUUCUUUCCACUGUCGCGAGGUAAGAAAAUGCAUGACGGUCCCUAUUCACAUUCAGAAGGUUCAGGAAGUUUACAGAUGAAAACCAUGCAAGAUGUGUCGAUUGGUAAUUUAGGGUGAUUUAGACAUGCUGAUUUUUAAUUCAUGUUUUUUUUUUUGGGUGGGGGAUAACUUUAAACUAUUAAACACUUUGAAUUCACAUUGUCACAUUGUGUUGGACGCCAGUUACAAUCUAUUUGUCACACAGUGACUAUAAACGGGAUGACACAAUAUUAAAUAGGCCUAAAAUAAUAAAACCCGAGUUAGGAUUUUGCCGAUGGCUUCUACGUUUUGUUCUUGACCGUUUUUUUGGCAUUGCAGUUAAACAAAAGCGAGUUCAAUUGCAUGUAUUUGACGGUUUAACAAACCUAACAUAUAAAAUGUUAAAAUAAUUAAAAUAUCUGUGUACUUCGUCGAUGAAUACGUUUCCCUGCAGUAAAAAAAAAAUGUUCUCCUGAGUCUGGUUUUCAUCGUUCCUUUUUGAGACACCAUAUAGAGAAAUAUGAGAUGCGUAAAACACGGGAUGUCAAUUAUUUCCUAGUUUGGUGGAAAUCUAAUAUGUAACCAGUGUAAUCAGCGGCCGAGCAUGCGUUGAGAAUCCCCCUCCUCCUCCUCCUCCUUUUGAAAUCUCGCACAGGUGAGGAAGUGGAUGGGGGGGGGGGGCACCUCUAGCUCUCAUUUGCAAUUGAGAUCAACAUUAACGGUUUUAAACACAUAUCCGAAGCGCUGAAGAUUUGCUUUGAGGAUCUUGUUUGUCCAUUCAGACCCCCACCCCCUUUUCUCUUUCCCAAAUAAAAACCCUUUCCAUGCCGAGCUGCCCGAACUCACGCUGCAGCUGGGGUCGUUUCCGACUCCGAUUCGGAUGCUGAUGGCCUCGUUUACGGGCUUCUAUUGGUGCCUUUUCUCCUGCGCCGGCGGGGCGCCGUGCCACGUCCAUUUUCAUGGCCACGCCACCCGCGGGGAUCCUCGGGUGGGAAACUAAACGAAACCCCCGGGCGGUCCGAGGCUAAAAUGCCGAGUUUUUUAAAUCCUCGAGGAUAAGGCGUGGUGUGAAAAGUUGACCAGAAUCGCGCUUCGUCUCCCACGGUGCUACUGUCGGUUUGAACUCUGGAUUUACUGUGCGUUUGUGACUGUGUUCUAAGUAGUUUGUAAUUACACAACUCCGAGGUGUCCGGCGAAAAGAAAACUGUAACUCUAAAUUUACUGUUUUCGCUGCAUGUUUUGGAUCAAUUUAAAAUUUAUUAGGCCACACAGCAGUUUAUCUUUUAAAUUUAUUUUUCCUGUUAGGCUGUGGCAGUCUGAACAGAACAUUUUACUUUUCAAAAGCGCUUUAUUAAAACCUUAUCAAACCUUCAUUUUCUAAACGAAUAGUGUAAUACUCAUUACGAUGUGCGUUGUCAUCUUACCCCACCGCCCUCUUAUCCCCAAGAAGAAAAAAAACUUACACACAACUUGUUGUUGCUCCUAUGAUGUUUUAAAACAUUAAAAUAAAAUGUAAUAUAGGCCGACGGACCGAGAGGCCUAUGCAUUUAUAUGCAUGUAAAUACAUUCUAAAGUGGAGAGAAAACGCAUCCGCAACGGAUUAAACGAAGCUAUUAUAAAUCUAGCACAAUUAAUGAACUCAUUGUUUUUUAUUGUUCAUUUUUUUAAAUGUAUUUAUUUGAAGUGAGUGCAGCAUUAAUAUUAUAGGCCUAAUAAUGACAGACGAAUGACACCAUGGAGACAAAUAGAUACACAAUUUAAUGUCAUGAAUUAAGCUAUGAAACACUACAAAUAUUUUUAGUCCACACAUUUAAACUAAUUUAUCUGUAGUUAUAGGCAUUAUUUUUAACACGGGUAGCCUGGUGUUCUUUGAGCAAAAACAAUAAUAACGGAUAUGAGCACAAGUGUUUGCAUAAGUAGCCUAGGGCAAUUAGCAUUUGAGUAAUCUUUUUCUUUUUUUACAUUAGGUUUGUACAUUGUCUUUUCUGACACCUGCGCAAUUGUCCGUCUUCAUUCCCUGUGGCGACCUGCCAUUCUGAUGGGGUUGGUCGUCAAUGGGGCAGGGGAUGGGUGUUAAGACCCACCCCUCAUAAAAACCAGGAUCACCUCCAGUCACGGCAAACCGCCGGCAACAUUUGGGGAGGAGAGCCGGAGUACAGAAGGGGGGAACUUUGGCUUCAAACACACUUUUGGGUUUGUUUUUGGUCGUAUCGUCUGUUGCACCGUUCGCACCUUGUAGCAGAGACCCAAGGUGGCAACCAUGACUCUCUCCAAGGAUUAUGAGGGGACCCUGCAACAAGCAGUCCUUCCGCCGGACGAGGAUGAGAUAGACAUUAUCGGGGAGGAUGAAUCGCAUAUCCCCGAAACUCUUUUGUCUUGUCCGGAGGAGAUGGUGUCUGCCGAACGCGUCACCGAGCUGGACUGCUCGGAAGUCGACUCGUCCGGGGAGAGCGAGAGCAGUUUCUGCGCCGACGCCGGUUCGUCCGGGAGACAACAGAACAGCUCGGUCAAACCCCCGUAUUCGUACAUAGCCCUCAUUACCAUGGCGAUCCUGCAAAGCCCACAGAAGAAGCUAACACUCAGUGGCAUCUGCGACUUCAUAAGCAACAAAUUCCCCUACUACAGGGAGAAGUUUCCCGCCUGGCAAAACUCAAUCAGGCACAACCUCUCCCUCAACGACUGCUUCAUCAAGAUCCCACGGGAGCCCGGAAAUCCGGGCAAGGGCAACUACUGGUCCCUGGACCCAGCCUCCGAGGACAUGUUUGACAACGGCAGCUUCCUUCGUCGAAGGAAAAGGUUCAAAAGAAACCAACCAGAGUACGUGAAAGACGGCAUCAUGUUUUACCCAAAUUUCAGCCUGUCGACCUAUCGACCCUGUGGGCGACCUUACGGUGUUCAGGGCCAAGGGGGCGCGCAGGCAGCGGCCCUCAGGUACAUGCCAUUGCGGGAUGGGGUCGUGAUCCCGCCCUCUCCGUAUUUUAACUACCAGGGGGUGAGCGGCGGCAAGGUCUCCGAACCAAAGGGCUUUCAGGUGCAGCUGUGCGCGAGCUCCCCGGAGCAAAAGCCCACGCGCGUGACGCAAAGCAAGUGCUCCUUCAGCAUAGACAGCAUCAUGGGGAAGACUUCGCCUUCCUGUCCGCCAAGUCUGGACGGCCCCGAGUCGCCCCCGGUGGACUAUUCGCAAUUCUUCGCGAGAUCGGCGACCUGUUUGGUUCCGGCUAUGUUUUCUGCGCCAAGAACUUCAUUUUGUCCGACUCCCUUGUUAAGCACGGUCCAUUCGGCCAUGGAAGCGAUGCAGAUUCCGUACCCUCAUUGCUAAACAUUCCAUUGCCAUUUCAGAAAUGACUCCAACUGUCGCGUAAAGACGUUCCAUUUACGCACGACUCAUUGUGACUUCAUCUGUGAGCUGCACGUUAUUUAUGAAUUCCAAAUAAUUAUUUCUGAUAAUAUGUGUACGUCUAUCUGAUUGCUGUUUAAUUAUAGCUUUAAUGUAAAUAAAUAGAGUUAAUAUAUUUGUUAAUCGACGUGUGUUGUCAUAAUAGACUACAUCAAUAAGUGACUGAAAUAUACCUUGUAUUUAAAAUAUUUCUUCAGUUAUGUGUGGUUUGAUUAUAUGAGAAUAAAUGUGUGACCUAAAAUUCGUGUUUGUCAGUGGUUAUUUUGCAUAAUAUUUGACAUUCUAAAUAAAGUUGGUUUUCCAUUUUGAAUGAAAUUCUAAUCCAUGACCAGAAAACAGGCUAAUCUGAAUAUCAAAGUAGUAGCUGACACGAUCUGCAGCAACUGAUGUGCCAUCGUUUAUGAUGUUUAAAACGCUGUUUUAUCUUAUGUUUUAUUUUCAGUUCGGUUAAUAUUGCCAUUCUAUUUUUUUGAACACAAGACAAGUCAUUAUAGUUCUCAGAAUGGUCUAAAA